AUGUCUUGUCGUUGGGUUUUUGGGUUGUCUCUGGUGGGUUUGGGGGGGGGGGUGGGGGGGGGGGGGGGGGGUUUUUUUGGUUUCUUUCCCCCCCCCUGGGGUUGUGUGUUUCCGGUUUUUCUUGGUGUGGUUCUUUUGGGGGGGGGGGUGGGUUGGGUUGUUCGGUUGGGUUGGGUGGGGUUUCUUUCCUCUGGUUCUUUUUGGGGGGGUUUUGGGGGGGUUGGUGUGGUGCGGGGGGGGUGGGGGGGUGGGGUUGGUGCCUGGGGUGGGGGGGGUGGUUGUUUGGGUUCCGCUUCUUUGUUUGGCCGUCUGUCCUGUCCUGUCCUGUUCUAA